AUGGGUGACUUUCACCACACUUGGUUGAAGGCACGCAAAGUGUUUGUAAGAAUGCUUAGCAGUGAAGGCGGGGCCAGCGUGGGCUGUGAUACCCUGCUGGACGCCUCGGACCUCGCCAAGCGCCUCUGCAAGCUCAUCAUCUCCUGCCGGAAGGCCUCGGCCCUCGAGCACGAGCUCGACCACAGCGGCAUCCGCGUCACGCCCGAGGUCGCGGAGCGCGUCCUUGAGCGCCUCGACAACGCCGGCAUGCUCGCAUACCGCUUCUUCGAGUGGACGCGCAGGCAGAAGCGCGGCGGGUGUGCCCAUACCGUGCGUUCCUACCACACGGUGGUCGCGUCCCUAGCCAAGAUCAGGCAGUACCAACUCAUGUGGGACGUCGUGGCCGUCAUGCGCAAGGAGGGUGCGGCCAAUGUUGAAACGUUCGGCAUCAUCAUGCGCAAAUAUGCCCGGGCGCAGAAGAUCGAUGAGGCAGUUUACACGUUCAACAUCAUGGAGAGGUAUGGUGUUGCCCACAACCUCGCUGCCUUCAACAGCUUGCUUGGUGCACUGUGCAAGUCUAAGAACGUGCGCAAGGCGCAGGAGAUCUUUGACAAGAUGAAUAAUCGGUUCAGUCCUGAUGCCAAGACCUAUAGCAUCUUGCUUGAGGGUUGGGGGAGAGCACCCAACCUCCCAAAGAUGCGGGAGGUUUACAGCGAUAUGCUUGCCGCUGGUUGCCAACCUGACAUUGUCACAUAUGGUAUCAUGGUCGAUGCACUCUGCAAGACAGGCCGAGUCGAAGAGGCUGUCUGUGUCGUGCAGGACAUGAGCUCCAGGGGAUGCCAGCCGACAACCUUCAUAUACAGCGUCUUAGUGCAUACUUAUGGAGUUGAUAUGAGGAUUGAGGAUGCUGUUGCAACAUUUUUGGAUAUGGAGAAGGAUGGGAUUGUGCCUGAUGUUGUUGUGUACAAUGCGCUCGUCACUGCCUUCUGCAAAGUGAAAAAGUUUGACAAUGCCUUCAGAGUCAUGGAUGACAUGGAAGGCCAUGGAAUCUCCCCCAAUUCAAGGACCUGGAACAUCAUCCUAAAUACUUUGAUUAGCCUUGGAAAGGAUGAUGAGGCAUAUAGGGUCUUCCGCAGCAUGAUUAAGCGCUGCAAACCAGACUCUGAUACUUACACCAUGAUGAUAAAGAUGUUCUGUGAGAAUGAUAAGAUAGAGAUGGCACUGAAGGUAUGGAAGUAUAUGCGGUUGAAGCAGUUCUUGCCGAGCAUGCACACAUUCUCCGUGCUGAUCAAUGGUCUCUGUGACAAGGGUGACGUUAGCCAAGCUUGUGUCCUGCUUGAAGAUAUGAUAGAGAAGGGCAUUAGACCUCCUGGUUCAACUUUUGGCAAACUGAGGCAGCUACUUUUGAAAGAAGGAAGGAAGGAUGUGCUUGACUUUCUUGUCGAGAAAAUGAAGAUCCUCAUUCAAGAACCUUUGUUUGAUUGA